AUGGGAGGAGAUGGAGGAAUAUGGCUCGAAAUUGCAGGGGUUUCAAGGAUGAGAAAUGAUGAUUGCUCUUUGGAUGUGUGUUUAUGGAAAGAGAGGAAGAAGAUGGAAGCAUGGGUGGUUUUAGCAUAUUUCCAGCAGCUUGACGAAAGCUUCGUCAAGCUACUGGGUGAUUUAACAUAA